AUGGAUAGGAUGAUGGAGGAGAUUCCGACGUACUCGAUUUCUUCGCCAAUAGAUCCGGGUCGCCUGAUGCCGCCGGGGACGAGCAAAGUUUGUGCGGAGAGGGCGACCGCUGCAACGAAAGGGAAGGGUGUCGAAUCGGAUCGUAGUUACGGAGGAAAGAAAAAGGGCCUCACUGAGCAGGAGGAUCAUCAAGGCGGAGGGGCAGCCAAGAAGCCGCCUCGUCGAGAGGGCGUUUCGGGGAGUUCCUUGAAGGCGGCAGAUCAUCGUGACAUGGUGGUUGGGCUGUCUAGCACGGGGAAGGUUGUCGCGAAAGGUGGCUCGCGGGGUGUCGCGAAAGGUGGCUCGCGGGGAGUCGCGAAACGUGGCUCGCAGGAUGUUGCCGAAGGAUCUGCUUAUGAUCAUGAGUUUGCGUAUUCUUACCAUGGGCCGACGCCUUUCGUGGAUAACAAGAUGGCUCUUUCAAAGAUGUAUCGUAUGAUACAGGCCCCGAAUGAGACGUACGCUGAGAUUGAUGACUCCUUCGGGGAAGACUGCUUUGCCGAUAUCGCUCAGUGCCAUGCGCAGGUCAGAGAAAUGGUGGCAGUGUUGGAUCUUGAUAUUCUUUACUAUCCUUGUCCAAGAGGGACUCCAAAUUUCCGCCCGAAGGUGCUUCAGAUGGGCGGGAAACAACAAUUUCCGUACAUGGUUGAUCCCAAUACCGGAGUGUCCAUGUAUGAAUCAGAUGGAAUCAUCAAAUAUCUAUCCGAGAAAUAUGGAGAUGGAACCGUUCCUUUAAGUCUGAAACUUGGCCCAUUAACGGCUAUAACAGCUGGCUUUGCAAUGAUUGGCCGUAUGGGAAAGGGUAACUUGUACACACCAGCAAAACUACCACCUAAGCCACUCGAAUUCUGGGCGUAUGAGAUCUGA